AUGUCGUACAAUCAACAGCCGUACAAUCCGGCUUACCAGAAUCCGUAUCCCCAGCAGCAAUAUCAGGGACAAGGACCACCGCCGCCAGGCUUCAAUGUUGGUGGAGGACAGAAUCAAGGUGGAGCCUACUUCCCACCACCACCACCAAUGCAUCACGGGAACUUCAAUCAGAUGGAAAACGGACAUAACGGAGGUGGAGACAACGACGGAAAGUAUUCGUUCCAAUUCUCCGAUAAGACCAUCCGUGCCGCGUUCGUUCGUAAAGUCUUCAGUUUGGUGUUCAUUAUGUUAUGUAUCGUUGCCGCAGUCACAGUUGUCCCAUGGGUCCACGAUCCGACGAUGAAGAUGGUCCGCAGAAACACAGGACUUUACCUGGGAUCCUAUGUCAUCUUUUUCAUCACCUACUUGUCGUUGGUUUGCUGUGAAGGAGUUCGCCGGAAGUUCCCAGCUAAUCUCAUUGUGACUGGAAUCUUUACACUCGCCACCUCCGUCAUGACAAUGGUCAUCUCAGCGCAUCACGAUGCGAACGUCGUUUUGCUAGCGCUGGCCAUUUGCAUCGGAUGCACUCUGUCGAUUAUUGCUUUCGCUUCACAGACCAAAUUCGACUUGACUGCACACAUGGGAUACAUCUUCAUCAUCUCCAUGUGCUUCAUGAUGUUCGGAUUGGUUGUUAUCGUCUGCUCGAUGUUUUUCAGAAUCAAGUUCCUCAUCAUGGUCUACGCUCUCGGAGGAGCUCUCAUUAUGAUGCUCUACCUCUUCCUCGAUAUUCAGAUGAUGAUGGGAGGAAAGAAAUACGAAAUUUCACCGGAAGACUAUAUCUUCGCCGCCGUCCAAAUCUUCAUAGACAUCGUUCAGAUGUUCUGGUACCUUCUCACUCUCUUCGGAUCCAGGUAG